AAUUUGUGUAUAUGUGCUGACAGGUAUGUUCAUGGGACACCAGUUAGUUCGGCAGAUAUUUUCUUGACGUUCGGAUACAGUUCUCCAGAUGAAACUGUCAUGAUACCAACAACCUUCUCAAAACACGUGCUGAAAGAUGGAAAGGCAGACAUCAACUUAAACAUCAAGAGUGCUUUGUUAUCUGUGCCAGAUGGGCCUCAAAGUCUGAGUGCCAUGAAAGAAAACACCUUUCUUCGAGUGAGAGUUUUGUUGCAAGAAUCAACUGGUGGUAUCUCCCAGGAAGCAGUGCUCUCAAAUGUGAAAUGUGUGGACACUCCAUUUACACUGAAUCUGAUCGCAACCCCUCCUUUCAUCAAACCGGGUCUACCAUACUCUAUGAGAGUCUUGGUGAAGGAUCCUUUGGGUAAACCAGUGCAAGGUGUGUCAAUCACAACAAGGGCAACAAUAACCACAGCUAACAAUGAACAAGACACCUUCAAAUUCUUAGGGCACAAGGAUACAUUGACAGUGACAAGUCAGAGGGAUGGAAUUGCUUACUUCAUUUGUAAUAUACCAGCUAAUGUGAAAAUAGCUGAAUUCACU